GAGGAUGCUCUGUUGUCUGGUGCGCACUCUUCUGUCUCCAGCUCUCACGGUCACCAUGGAAGAGCUUCAUUAACGCACACACUGCUCGCGUCUCUCCCCUCCUGCCGCUCCGGGAGCUGAUGAAUCUUCGGUCGAGCCCUGGACCGUUGUCUUUGUCGCCCUCGGAAGCUCUGGAGCCGCGUUACCGAGCGGAGAGGACCGCGGCUGGACUGGGAAGUCUUCAGGAAAGAGGCAAAUUAUGCCAGCUGAAUCAGAGUCGCUCACCCUGGUGACGUGCCAGCUCAUUGGUCAGACUACUCUGCCCUCCUCCAGCUUCCCAAUCUAUUCUAGCAGAUCCAUGCUGCUGGAUGCUCCUCAAAGAGCCACGCCCGCACCAUGAGCACCACCGGGCCUGCCCCAGACCCAGCCCCCGCAGUCCAAGAAGCCCCACCCAGCUCAACCCCUGCCCCGGCUCCAGCCCCGGCUCCAGCCCCGGCCCCCAAAGCGCCACCGGCUGCUCCUGCUCCACCUGCCCCAGCAACAACUACCAUCCCAGUAGGUGCAUUAGCACAGAAGAAGAGGCAGCAGUAUGCAAAAAGCAAGAAGCAGGGUAGUAACGCCAACAGCAGGCCACCAAGGGCUCUGUUCUGCCUCAACCUCAACAACCCCAUACGCAGGGCCUGCAUCAGCCUGGUGGAGUGGAAGCCAUUUGAUAUCUUUAUAUUGAUUGCUAUUUUUGCCAACUGUAUGGCCUUAGCUGUGUAUAUCCCUUUUCCUGAAGAUGAUUCCAACUCCACAAACCACGACCUGGAAACAGUCGAAUAUGCCUUCCUCAUCAUUUUCACAAUUGAAACCUUUCUGAAGAUUAUUGCUUAUGGUCUAGUGAUGCACCAGAAUGCGUAUGUGAGAAACGGCUGGAACAUGCUGGAUUUUGUCAUUGUGGUGAUCGGACUCUUUAGUGUUGUCUUGGAGCUUUUGACCAAAGACGAGAAAGCAGAGCUCGAGGGAGCGGAGCUCCAUGCGUCGAUGCACGGACACGGAGGAAAGUCAGGUGGAUUCGACGUUAAAGCCCUUCGAGCCUUCCGUGUGCUGCGACCCCUGCGGCUGGUCUCAGGAGUACCCAGUUUACAGGUGGUGUUGAACUCCAUCAUUAAAGCCAUGGUCCCUCUGCUGCACAUAGCCCUCCUGGUCUUGUUUGUCAUCAUUAUCUAUGCUAUCAUUGGCCUGGAGCUUUUCAUCGGUAAAAUGCAUGCAACCUGCUUUAUAUCUGGCCAAGACGCGAUUUCAGAAGAGGAACCAGCUCCAUGUGCUAUCUCAGGGCACGGGCGCCAAUGCUCCAUAAACGGCACAGAGUGCAGGGAGGGCUGGCAGGGUCCCAACGGUGGCAUCACCAACUUUGACAACUUUCUGUUUGCCAUGCUGACAGUGUUUCAGUGUAUCACCAUGGAGGGCUGGACAGACGUGCUAUACUGGAUGAAUGAUGCAAUGGGCCUUGAGCUUCCGUGGGUGUACUUUGUCAGUCUUGUGAUCUUCGGCUCCUUUUUCGUUCUCAAUCUGGUUCUGGGUGUGUUGAGCGGAGAGUUCUCCAAGGAGAGAGAGAAGGCCAAGGCUCGCGGAGACUUCCAGAAGCUGCGGGAGAAGCAGCAGCUGGAAGAAGACCUGAAGGGCUACCUGGACUGGAUAACUCAGGCUGAAGACAUCGACCCUGACAAUGAGGAUGAGGCUGACGAGGAGACCAAGCGCAACCGGGUGACUCUGGCUGACCUCACUGAGAAGAAGAAGGGAAGGUUUGGGUGGUUCAGCCAGUCGUCCGACACUCAUGCGAGUGUCCCGGCCAGCGAGACGGAAUCUGUGAACACCGAGAACCAGAACGGGGAGGAUGAAAAAACGCCCUGCUGCGGGCCUCUGUGUCAAAAAAUUUCAAAGUCAAAGUUCAGUCGGCGCUGGCGCCGCUGGAACAGGUUCUGCCGCAGGAAAUGUCGUUUAGCCGUCAAGUCGGUGCCUUUCUAUUGGCUGGUCAUCAUACUGGUGUUCCUCAACACCCUCACCAUAUCAUCCGAGCAUUAUAACCAGCCCAUGUGGCUGACACAAGUACAGGAUGUGGCCAACAAGGUGCUGUUAGCCCUGUUCACGUGUGAAAUGUUGGUGAAGAUGUACAGUCUUGGGCUUCAGGCUUAUUUUGUGUCCCUGUUCAACCGCUUUGACUGCUUCGUGGUGUGUGGAGGAAUCACCGAGACCAUUCUGGUGGAGCUGCAAAUCAUGUCUCCCCUCGGGAUCUCUGUGUUCCGCUGCGUCCGCCUGCUGAGGAUCUUCAAGGUCACACGACACUGGCAGUCUCUGAGUAACCUGGUGGCAUCUCUGCUCAACUCCAUGAAGUCUAUUGCUUCCCUGCUGCUGCUGCUCUUCCUCUUCAUCAUCAUCUUCUCGUUGUUGGGAAUGCAGGUGUUUGGAGGAAAGUUCAACUUCGACGAGACACAGACUAAGAGGAGUACCUUUGACAACUUCCCCCAAGCCCUUAUCACUGUGUUUCAGAUACUGACUGGAGAAGACUGGAAUGCUGUAAUGUAUGAUGGGAUCAUGGCAUAUGGAGGCCCUUCUUCCACUGGGAUGAUCGUGUGCUUUUACUUCAUCAUCCUCUUCAUCUGUGGAAACUAUAUCCUCCUGAAUGUCUUCUUGGCUAUCGCUGUGGACAACUUGGCAGAUGCCGAGUCCCUCAACACGGAUGAGGGAGACAAAAAAGAUGACAAAAAAGAGGAUGAAAAAGAGAAGGAGGAAGAGGAGGAAAAUGAGGAUAACGCAGGAGAUGAGGAGGACCCAGAGGUCCCAUCGGGCCCUCGGCCGGCCAUCUCUGAGCUGGUGAAGAAGGAAAAGAUCAUCCCCAUCCCAGAGGGCAGCGCCUUUUUCAUCUUCAGCAACACCAACCCGAUCCGUGUGUUUUGCCACCGACUCAUUAAUCACCAUAUAUUCACCAACCUCAUCUUGGUGUUCAUCAUGCUCAGCUCUGUCUCGCUCGCUGCUGAGGAUCCGAUUCGAAACUUUUCAGCCCGCAACAUUGUCCUAGGCUAUGCAGAUUAUGUCUUCACUAGUAUGUUUACAUUUGAGAUCGUGUUGAAGAUGACAACAUAUGGAGCUUUUCUCCAUAAAGGAGCAUUCUGCAGGAAUUAUUUUAACCUCCUCGAUCUGUUGGUGGUUGGAGUUUCCCUUGUUUCCUUUGGCAUUCAGUCCUCAGCCAUCUCUGUGGUGAAGAUUCUUCGAGUCCUUCGAGUGCUUCGACCCCUCAGGGCCAUCAACAGAGCCAAAGGCCUGAAGCAUGUCGUGCAGUGCGUGUUUGUGGCAAUCAGAACUAUUGGUAACAUCAUGAUCGUCACGACUCUGCUUCAGUUCAUGUUCGCCUGUAUAGGAGUGCAGCUGUUUAAGGGAAAGUUCUAUCGCUGCACAGAUGAAGCCAAGUCCAACUCAGAAGAGUGCAAAGGCACCUACAUUGUUUAUAAGGAUGGAGACGUGAAUCAGCCAGCCAUCCAAAGACGAAUGUGGCACAACAGUGACUUUAACUUUGACAACGUCCUCAUGGCUAUGAUGGCUUUGUUCACAGUGUCUACUUUUGAAGGCUGGCCCUCGUUGCUGUACAAAGCCAUCGAUUCCAACAGAGAGAACCUCGGUCCCAUUUACAACUACCGGGUGGAAAUUUCCAUCUUCUUCAUCAUCUACAUCAUCAUCAUCGCUUUCUUUAUGAUGAACAUCUUCGUAGGUUUUGUGAUCGUCACAUUUCAGGAGCAGGGAGAGAAAGAGUACAAAAACUGUGAACUCGACAAGAACCAGCGCCAAUGCGUUGAGUACGCUCUUAAAGCACGUCCACUUAGGAGGUACAUCCCAAAAAACCCCUACCAGUACAAGUUCUGGUAUGUGGUAAACUCCACUGGUUUUGAGUACAUCAUGUUUGUGCUCAUCAUGCUCAACACACUCUGCCUGGCUGUACAGCACUAUGGCCAGUCAGCGCUUUUUAACUACGUAAUGGACAUUCUCAAUAUGGUCUUCACUACUGUAUUUACUGUGGAAAUGUUUCUGAAACUCAUCGCUUUCAAACCCAGGCAUUAUUUCGCUGAUGCGUGGAACACAUUUGAUGCCUUAAUUGUUGUUGGUAGCGUCGUCGAUAUUGCGAUCACUGAAGUUAAUAACACAGAGGACAGCGCCCGAAUCUCCAUCACCUUCUUUCGUCUGUUUCGAGUCAUGCGUCUGGUCAAACUCCUCAGCAGAGGGGAGGGCAUUCGCACCUUGCUCUGGACUUUCAUCAAGUCCUUCCAGGCUCUGCCAUAUGUUGCUCUUCUGAUAGCCAUGCUGUUCUUCAUCUACGCUGUCAUCGGCAUGCAGGUGUUUGGCAAGGUUGCCAUGGUGGACGGCACACACAUUAACAGAAACAACAACUUCCAGACGUUCCCCCAGGCGGUGCUCCUGCUCUUUAGGUGUGCCACCGGCGAGGCGUGGCAAGAGAUCAUGUUGGCCUGCAUGCCUGGGAAGCUGUGCGAUCCAGAAUCAGAUGCCAACCCCGGAGAGGAGAUGACGUGCGGCAGUGGAUUCGCGAUCAUUUAUUUCAUCACCUUCUACAUGCUCUGCGCUUUCUUAAUCAUCAAUUUGUUUGUGGCUGUCAUUAUGGACAACUUUGACUAUCUGACACGGGACUGGUCCAUUCUUGGUCCUCACCACCUCGACGAAUUCAAGAGGAUUUGGUCAGAAUACGACCCUGAGGCCAAGGGCAGAAUCAAACAUCUGGAUGUUGUGACCCUUCUUCGGCGUAUCCAGCCUCCGCUUGGUUUUGGAAAACUGUGUCCUCACAGAGUGGCUUGCAAGAGGCUGGUAGCCAUGAACAUGCCCCUGAACAGCGACGGCACCGUCAUGUUUAACGCCACCUUGUUUGCACUGGUGCGGACAGCCCUGAAAAUUAAAACAGAAGGUAAUCUAGAGCAGGCCAACGAGGAGCUGCGGGCUGUCAUCAAGAAAAUCUGGAAGAGAACCAGCAUGAAACUGCUGGACCAAGUGGUACCUCCUGCUGGUGAUGAUGAGGUAACCGUGGGGAAGUUCUAUGCCACCUUCCUGAUACAGGACUACUUUAGGAAAUUCAAGAAACGUAAAGAGGAAGGCCUGGUGGGUGCACACCCUUCCCAGAACAACACAGCCAUUGCCUUACAGGCUGGCCUUCGCACGCUGCAUGAUAUUGGGCCCGAAAUUCGCCGAGCCAUAUCAUGCGAUCUGCAGGAUGACGAGCUAGUAGACUUUAUUCCAGAGGAAGACGAGGAAAUUUAUAGGCGUAACGGCGGUCUCUUCGGGAACCACCUCAUGAACGGCGGUCACCGGCGGUCCAACGGGCAUCAGACCAACGCCACCCAGCGCCCCCUGCAGGUGCAGCCUCCACCUCACUACGCUCACAUGGAGCAGCCGGUGGGCCGCCUGUCUCGAGCCAACGCAAUGUCGCAUUCCAACCACCACCACCACCACCACCACCAUCACCACCGCCACCACAACUCCUACGGCAAGUCUCCUAAAUCAACCAACAUCAACCUCAACAACGCCAACGUGUCCAGUCUGCCCAACGGAGGACACCAUCGGUACUACGAACACGCUCCCCCUAACGGCUACCCAGGUCGACGCAGUGCCUAUUACGACUACGAGAAACCGCGGACACCGCAGGGUCAAAGAAGGCGCUACUAUGAGACCUAUGUUAGGUCCCACAGAGGGAAUAGCCACCACCCCACCAUCCGCAGGGAGGAGGAGUUUGACGAAGACCGAUUAUCUGGGGAAUAUUACAGCGGGGAGGAGUUUUACGAGGAUGACAGUAUGCUGUCAGGGGACAGGUAUUACUGUUUCUUAUUGCUCUAUUCACAUGGCACUGUACCCUCAUCAUCAGACAAAAACAUCUGUUUUCACAUGUUUAUAAUUCCUUUAAGAUUUUUUUUAAGUCAAAUCCACAACCCUCCAAUAAACCCUCAAUUCUAUCUAAUUUGUAGAUAUCAGAACAGUGACACAGAGUAUGAGACUCCCAAAGGCUACCAUCACCCUGACAGUUACUAUGACGAUGACGAGCAGCCCCUCUACCGCGACUCACGAAGGUCACCAAAGAGAAGGCUGCUUCCUGCCACACCUCAAGGUCACAGAAGACCGUCCUUCAACUUUGAGUGUCUGCGAAGACAAAGUAGCCAGGAUGAGCUUCCACAUCAACGUACUGCUCUACCACUACACCUUAUGCAGCAUCAGGUAAUGGCUGUAGCAGGCCUGGACUCCAGCAGAGCCCACCACCUUUCCCCAACCCGGUCCACCCGGUCCUGGGCCACACCUCCUGCCACCCCAGCCAGUAAAGACCAGUCCCCGUACUACACCCCUCUCAUCCGAGUGGACCGCCCUCACAGGGACAGUGUAGUUAGCAGCCAAGUGUCUGUGCGCAAGAGUUCCUGGUACACGGACGACCCCGAGUUCUCCCAGAGGACGUACUCACCUGUCCACCUGCAGGUGCCGCCUGAGUACCAUAACCAGUAUCACCAGAAGAGAGGCAGUGCAACAAGCCUUGUGGAAGCGGUUUUAAUAUCGGAGGGUCUUGGGAGAUACGCCAAGGAUCCUAAGUUUGUUGCAGCCACAAAGCACGAGAUAGCGGACGCGUGUGAGAUGACGAUAGACGAGAUGGAGAGCGCAGCCAGCCACCUGCUGAAUGGAGGAGUGGCCCCGGCCAUUAAUGGGGUCAACGUUUUUCCAUUUCUAACUCCAAGGGACUAUGAACUGCAGGACACUGGAGCCAGCUACAGUGACGAGGAUCCGGAGACAGAACCCAGAGCUCCCUAUGAGGAGGACCUGGCAGACGAGAUGAUCUGCAUCACAACUUUAUAGCAGCGGCUGAAGAACUCUGCAGACCAGAAACUAUCUUGACAGCAAUUGUGAAAAUAAAAAAAAAAUGUAAAAAAAAGAAAUGCAUCUGUUUGCUCUGACCAAAAGAAGUGCCUUUUAAACUGAAGACAAAAGGCAUAUUGAAGAGAGACAAACCACAGUAGUCCCAUUCUUCUGCUCUCCACCUUCCAGCAAAGGAGUCACAGCACAGAGCUAGCUACCAUAUCUGCUGAGCACAGAGGGACCAACAGGACCCUCCUCCAACGAGCUGGCGGUAGCAUGAAGGGAACAGCCUGCCGCCGUUAUGACGUGAGGACAUUGAUGCUGGUGAAAGAGCUGGACCGACUGGCACAAGUGUGAGAUACUCCAAAGGGCAGGUCUCCUAAGGGUGAUGACAAUCAGAUGUAUGAUGUCAUUACCUCAGUCACUUUAUUAGGGUUUGGCAUAUCAUGCAAGUUUUCAAUGCAAGCGUAUAUAUAUAUAUAUAUAGAGGCAUAUCUUGUCAUAUAGAUGUUGGAAAACCACGUUGGCUUUGUUGUUAGAGCAGGUUGUUUGAAGGUGGCUAGAGUUGAGGGAAAGUGUCAGGAGCACCAACAGAGUUGUGCCAGAUUAUGCAGGAAUGAACUGUCCUCCUUAUAGCAUGAUUCAACUUGAGACGUGAACUUUUGAAGCAACGAAAGCAUUUGUGAUAAAUCCAUUAGCAGGUGGGUUAUUUUAAAACUUAAGAAUAGCCUGAUUAAUAUUUCCUAGUUGACAUGCUAUAAAUUGUAUUAUAACAAGAGAAACUUUGUAAAGAGAAAAUUUAUAUUUUGUAAUUAUGUAUCAUUUAAAAGAUCAGCAAUAUGAACCCUUGUGACUCCUAUGCUAUGCUAUAAAAGCAGGUUUGCAUUGUUUUAUGAAGUACACUAAUCUAUUAUUCAAAUGCCUUUUAUUUUUUUGCUAAUAUGCACUCUUUAUUUUGCCUAUAAAAACAACAUUUUAGAGGUUCUGCUCUUGCAACACAUCUGCACAAGACACACAAAUGGCUUGGAUUUCUUAGCGUAUGAGUCCAUAUGUUAGUUCAUGACACCAACACCAGUUGUAUAAGGUUGAAACCCCUUUAAAGGAGCCUUUUUUUUAGCCGGCAAACCUCAGCAUCCAGUGCUUUAUACAGAUCUUGUGAGCACAUUUGUUUGCAUAUUUUGUGCAGAGUGUGCAUCAGAAUCUAAAAUGCAUUGUGCAUAAAUAAUGCUGCUUUUUGUUUUAAAUUUAUUUUGGUUGGUUCCUGAUUCUAGACUUCUGGCCCCUACUCAAAUCCCUUUUUGCUGCUGAAAAAACUGAAAAUGAUAGAAGGUAAUAACAGGGAUAAAUUGAUGUUGCUCAGAGCUUGUGCUGGGAUUUUUUCCAUGACAUUUUCUUUCGUUGAUUACCGUGUCCAUGAAACCUGUGUACGUUGCAGUCACAUCUUAGCCUUCAUCUAAGACGCAUGCACACAUCCAAAGGUCUCCUGGUGUCAGGAUGCUAGAGAGAAGCAAAGCAAUACUAACCCCUCGACCCAUUUCUCUCUCAGCCUGCCUGCUUCUUGCAUACAGUAUACCUCGUUAGGCAACCAUGACAACAUAUCAUCGUCUUUACUGGCUGCGUAGUCAGACUCUUAAAAAAAAAAAAGAGGGAGUAGGAUUAAGCCUGGUCUUUUUGUAUUUCUGUUGUAAGAGCUCGGAGGGUGAAUAAAAAUAUUUAAAAAAAAAAGGAUGCAUAAAAAGGAGAAACUGAAAUCAACAAUAUGUUUGGGUUUUUUUGUUUUCAUCAGCUAUCAUUCAUUGAUUCAUCCCAUAAAGAAACUGGAAUUGGCUUUUUCCAGGCAUUUACCACCGGAAGUUUAAAAUACCACCGAGGAUUUGAACGGUCAUUUUGAUCUGUCGUUGAUGAGUGCUUGACUUGUGCGUCAUGCACUCUUAAUUCAACCAGAUACUGUCAUGAAAAUGUAGGUUUUCCGUUUCGUGUGCACAUUGAAAGGGCUCUUUGAAUUGUUUUAGAGUUUAAAAAAAAUAAUGUGUUCUAGUCCUUUUGUUGAUUGCUGUCAUAUAGAAGGACCAAUGCACAUAAAAGGCACAUUGUACUUUGUAGCAAUUACAGUACUGAUGAACUGAAGAUAUGCAUUCUUUUGUAAACACUUUUAAAAGUUGUGUUAAACUAAAGAUGAGAAGAACUUACUUUUACCUCAUGUCAGGGAUUCCUGAAAAAAGAAAACAAUGAUUUGGUUCAGUUAUACCAAUGGUAUUUAAAUAUUAGCACAUAACUGUUUGUCUUUGCACAAGUAAAUGUAUAGUGCUUUUGUUUCUCCUUUUUCUAAACAGAUUUGUGUAUUAAGGUGAGACAAUUUUGUACUUUUGUGACUGUGUGUAUGGUUUAGUGGAAUCUAUAUCUGUCAUUUGCACCUCACCUUUCCAUGCUGGGAAUGAAACAGUAAAAAAAAGAAAAGAAGACUAUUUUCGAGGUGAGCUGUUCCUUUGUUUCACAGGUAGGGCGAAAAAAUCAAAUGGUAAAGUACCAGUUUACAGAGAAAUGCAUAUUCAUUACAAAUGUUUAUAUUAGUUUUUCUUCAUCAUGUUAUGAUUAUUAAUGCUAUUACAACUAUUAAUGUUCAGAAAGCUGUAUUAAAAUAGAAGAUAAUGUAAAAUAUGUACAAAGGUAUGGGAAGACCCAUGGUAAUGUUCUCUACUUGAAAGUCUUGAUAUUUGCUCCUCAAUGUUUUUAUUCAGUAAACAUAAUUUCUCUUAGUAGCAAAUGCUUUAAUAUAUAUUUAAUCCUCUAGAUUUUGUAUUGAUACAUUUUUUUGUAUUUUUCAUUUAAUUUCGGCCUUGACUUUACUUCGAUCAAUACGGAUAUUUUUUUUUCUAUCAAUCAU